AUGCUUCUACUCAACGGUGUCGAAACCCGCCUCAACCAGCUACUCCAACUACACAAACAGCUUGCGCGCCAGCUUCGUCGUUGUGAAAACAGAGUGACCACCGCGCCGGCUCAGGAGGACAACGUGCGCGGAUUCGCUAUGAGGCUUCGGCCGCUACGUGAAGGAGCCCACGAAAUCCGCUUUAUCACCGGCCAAGAGAGCUACGUCUCCCGACAGGUAACCAACGCGAAUGCAUUACUUUUCGACUUCACCCAGACCGGGAACCCUAUCGAUCUUCGUCAAAACUUCCAACGGGUCGCCAACGAACGUCUACAAGCCCGUAUUGCAGACUAUCUCGCAGUGAACCCGGAAGCGGAAACUCCCAAUUUCGGUUUCCGUUGUUGCCGAUCGCGCUGGGUCGAGAACGACACCUUUACGCUCCAAGAAGUUGCGGAAAUCGUGAUCGAGCUACUAAAUGAAACUAAUUCUGGUUUGCAUUUAGCGAGAUUGUACACUGAGCUCCACUCGCAAGUGCAGCGGUUCGUUCGAGCCCAACGCUUUCCCUGUAAAACACGCGAUCGAUAA